AUGUCUUUCCUACAAAACUUCCAUUUAAGUCCCGGUCAAACUAUCAGAUCCACAAGAGGAUUCAAAUGGAAUACCGCGAAAACUCCCAACCAUGAGUUCGAUCAAUCCAGCCCAAAUCUGGGCGAGAAUGGAAACCCGCUCUAUUCAACACCGCAAAAAAAAGUGCAGAACGGUAACAUAACAGACUUUAACUAUACACCUUCUCAUCAAAAACAGUAUUUGAGUGCAUCACAAGGGACUACUGUGUCGUCACAUAAAGAUUUGAAAGAAAUAGUGGAAACCACGUUAGGGUCACAGGGCGUCCUCAAUCAGGCCGUCAAACUGCCCAAGGGUGAAAAUGUAAAUGAAUGGGUUGCUGUUCAUUGCGUCGAUUUCUACAACCAAAUUAAUAUGCUAUAUGGUGCAAUCACCGAGUUUUGCUCCCCAGAAUCGUGCCCCCGCAUGAUUGCCACAAGCGAAUACGAAUAUCUGUGGUACGUCAAACCCGGGUCCCCCCCACUUUCCGUUUCUGCCCCCAAGUACGUCGAAUAUCUGAUGAAAUGGUGUCAAGAACAGUUUGACGACGAAACAGUCUUUCCUUCUAAGCCCAGCAUACCAUUCUCCUCCGCCUUCAUCGAUAGCAACGCCAGACCUAUUCUGAAAAGGCUUUUCCGCAUCUAUGCCCAUGUCUAUUGUCAUCAUUUUAACGAGAUGCUUGAGCUAAACCUACAAACUGUCCUCAACACAAGUUUCAGGCAUUUCUGUCUUUUUACGCAGGAGUAUCAGCUGCUGAAGAAACAAGAUUACGGACCACUCAUUGAACUAGUACAAGAGCUUAAGGACAGAUAA